AUGUCUGGUGCACUGGAAACUCUCUCUGGGCAGGCUUAUGGAGCUCAGCAAUACGAAAAAAUUGGAACUCAGACUUACACGGCUAUUUUCUCUCUCAUCAUUAUUUGUAUCCCCCUCUCAAUCUUGUGGAUGUAUAUGGGUAGAAUACUCAUUUUGAUACACCAAGAUCCUUUGAUUUCACAUGAAGCUGGAAAGUUCACAAUUUGGCUUAUACCUGCUCUCUUCUCUUAUGCAACUAUCCAACCACUUAUUCGAUACUUUCAAAUACAAAGUGUGGUCAUUCCCAUGCUCAUAAGUGCAUGUGCUACUCUUUGUUUACACAUACCUCUUUGUUGGGUACUAGUGUUUAAGUCUGGAUUAGGUAACGUUGGUGCAGCAUUGGCUACUGAUAUUUCAAUGUGGUUGAAUGUGAUCAUGCUUGGUUUAUACAUGAAGUACUCUUCCACCUGUGAAAAAACCCGUGUCCCAAUUUCAAUGGAUGUGUUCAAAGGAAUUGGAGAGUUCUUCCGCUUUGCCAUUCCUUCUGCUGUUAUGCUUUGCCUUGAAUGGUGGUCAUUUGAGCUAAUUAUCUUGCUGUCAGGACUUUUGUCAAAUCCAAAGCUUGAGACUUCAGUACUGUCUGUAUGCCUCAACACCAUUAGCACACUCUAUUGCAUAGCAUACGGACUUGGUUCUGCUGUAAGCACUAGAGUUUCGAAUGAAUUAGGAGCUGGGAAUCCAAGGGGGGCUCGUGUAGCUGUGUUUGGGGUGAUUCUCCUUGCUAUCAUACAAACAGCAAUAGUUAGUGCAAUCCUCUUUGCGUCCCGCCAUGUUUUCGGCUACAUGUUCAGCAAUGUGAAGGAAGUUGUGCAUUAUGUCACAACCAUGGUUCCUCUGCUUUGUCUGUCUGUUGCAAUGAAUAGUCUACAAGCAGUCCUUUCAGGAGUUGCCAGGGGAUGUGGAUGGCAGAAUAUAGGAGCUUAUAUCAAUCUUGCAGCAUUUUACGUUUUUGGAAUUCCUAUUUCUGUGGCAUUGGGUUUCUGGGUGCAUUUACGAGGAAAAGGCCUUUGGAUUGGAAUCCAAGCUGGUGUUAUUCUACAAUCAAUUCUGUUCUCUGCAAAGCUGGCAAGAGAAAGAUUGCUUGAGGAAAUAUCUUCAGCUGCUAAUGGAUUAAUGUGA